AUGUCUCCGGGAUGCAUUCACCAAAAUCCAAGAUUUUUGACUCGGUGUCACCUCGGUAGUGACAGCACAUCCCCUGCAGUGAUGAGGAGGUUCCUGCUACUGUAUGCUACACAGCGAGGACAGGCAAAGGCCAUAGCAGAAGAAAUAUGUGACCAGGCUGGGGCGCACGGCUUUUCCGCAGACCUUCACUGUAUUAGCGAGUCAGAUAAGUAUGAUCUGAAAACAGAAGCAGCUCCUUUGGUAGUGGUCGUCUCUACCACCGGCACCGGUGACCCACCUGAGAGUGCCCGCAAGUUCGUUAAAGAAAUACAGGACAAGACCCUGCCGCCGGAUUGCCUUGCUCACCUGCGGUAUGGAUUGUUAGGUUUGGGUGAUUCCGAGUACACGUACUUCUGCAAUGGGGGCAAAGUGAUUGAUAAACGACUGCAGCAGCUUGGUGCCCGGCAUUUCUACGACACUGGCCACGCCGAUGACUGUGUAGGUUUGGAGCUUGUGGUUGAGCCAUGGAUUGCUGGACUCUGGACCGCUCUCGCAAAGCACUUUAGGACAAGGGAAGGGCAAGGAGCGCUGACCUGGGCCCCUGGUGACUCCUCAAGUACAGAAGCUAUGCAGCCAGAGUCCUUGCAUAUGCAGUCUCAGAUGGGCCUUCUGAGGCUGAAUGAUUCAAGAAGAAACGAUUCUGAGGUUUUAGGACAAAAUGAGAUGAAUAGAGGUCGAUCGGGCGCUGUGAUUGAAGACCCUGAGUCCUCGCUGAUCUGCUCAGUACCCCCACUCUCACAAGCCUCUCUCAGUAUUCCUGCUUUACCUGCAGCAUAUUUACAGGUGCACCUGCAGGAGCCCCGGGGCCAGGAGGAAAAUCAAGCGUCUGUGACUUCAGCUGAGCCAGUCUUUCGAGUUCCAAUUUCAAAGGCAGUUCGGCUUACUACGAGCGAUGCCGUAAAAACCACUCUGCUUCUGGAAUUGGACAUUUCCCAAACAGAUUUCUCCUAUCAGCCUGGCGAUGCCUUCCACGUGAUCUGCCCCAACAGUGACUCCGAGGUGCAGGCCCUGCUCCAAAGACUGCAGCUCGCGGACCUGCGUGACCACCACGUCGUCCUGCAGAUCAAGGCCGACACGAAGAAGAAAGGCGCCGCCCUCCCCAAGCACAUACCUGAGAGGACGUCCCUCAAGUUCAUUUUUACGUGGUGUCUGGACAUACGGGCAGCUCCGAAAAAGGCAUUUGUGCGCGCCCUGGUGGACUACACCAGCGAUGGUCCCGAAAAGCGGCGGCUGCAGGAGCUUUGCAGUAAACAAGGAGCUGCAGAUUACAAUCGGUUCAUCCGGGAUGCCUGUGUCUGCCUGUUGGACCUGCUCCAGUCCUUCCCGUCCUGUCAGCCACCACUGGGCAUCCUGCUUGAACAUCUUCCUAAACUCCAACCCAGGCCAUACUCUUGUGCAAGCUCGAGUUUGUCCCACCCAGACAAGCUUCACUUUAUCUUCAGUGUCGUGGAGUUCCUGUCUCACACCCCAGCAGCAGUGACGCUGCGGAAGGGCGUGUGCACGGGCUGGCUGGCCGGCGUGGUCGCCUCAGUUCUUCAGCCAGACUCCCUGGCACCGCACGCACACAGUGGAACAGCCCUGGCUCCUGAGAUAUCCAUCUCUCCUCGAGCAACCAAUUCCUUCCACCUACCAGAUGACCCGUCGGUCCCCGUCAUCAUGGUGGGUCCAGGCACUGGUGUUGCGCCCUUUAUUAGCUUCUUGCAACAUAGAGAGAAGCUCCAAGAGCAGCGCCCGGAUGGAAAUUUUGGAGCCAUGUGGCUGUUCUUUGGCUGCAGACAUAAGGAGAGGGACUACUUAUUCAGGGAAGAGCUAAGGCGUUUCCUCGAGCGCGGGAUCCUGACUCACCUGAAGGUCACCUUUUCAAGAGACGCCCCUUUGGGGGAGGAGAAGGCUCCAGCCAAGUAUGUGCAAGACAGCCUCCAGCUGCACAGCCAGGAGGUGGCAGGGAUCCUCCUCCGAGAGAACGGCUGCAUUUAUGUCUGUGGGGAUGCAAAGAAUAUGGCCAAGGACGUCAAUGACAGCCUUGUGGAAAUAAUAAGCAGAGAGCUUGGCGUUGACAAACUGGAAGCAGUGAAAACGCUGGCUACUUUAAGAGAAGAAAAACGCUAUCUUCAAGAUAUUUGGUCAUAAAGCAAGACAAUAAAGGAAAAGAAAAAGUCUUUUACGGAGAAUAUUCAACAACAGUUUUCAUGAAGCUGAGAUUUAAAUCUUUUAAAAUAUUUUUUUAAAACAUUUUUUGGUGGGCCUCGAGAGGAGGGCUCACGUGACGCCAUAGCAGACUUGCAGUGCGACUUCUCCCUGCCCUUCCUGUGGCUGGCACCCUGCUCACCUAAGGGCCUGCGUGUGGCUCCCCACGCUCAGGGGCGGCUUCCGGCUCGCUGGCAGGCGCUCAGUGUGCAGGACUUGGGAGCCGCGCCCCAGUUCUGUGGGUGCCACGUUGCCUGUGGCACCUUACGGCAAGAUGCUCAUGUGUGUGCCAGACGGGCUGGACCAGGCUGGGCGUGCAGCUCCUGUGAACUCACCUUGCCCGUGUUUUUUAAAAAUAGUUUAGCAGUUAUAUCUAUGCUAUAUAUUCAUAAAGAAUAUCCUCACUGAUUUAUUUAAGUUAUACAUUUCUUCACACAUAGCAGCCAGGUUAUUUGUAGACCCUUUUAGAUACCAGGCUAUAGAUGGAGUUGAUCCAUAGGUCCCUGUGGUCUUGUCAGCUGGUGACAGUGAAAAUAGGUUUUUUUGUUGGAAUCUUACCACACAGAUGUUUUGAGCCAUUUGCUCAAGACUGACUAUUCUCAGGCCAGGUUUUGCUCCUGUUACCACGGUGCACCCACCCUUGGCUCUGACGUGGUGGCUAGACAGUACUGCUGUGGAGGUGAGGCUCAGGCCCAUGCCGGGCCCUUGUAGACCAUGUCUCUGGAAGCUUGGGCAGAGAAAAAUGAGCUCUGGUGAUGCCUUGCCAGCCCUGGUGGCAUGGAGGAUUUGGCUUUCACUGUGAGAGGGAAAGGCAUUGGGUCACAAGAGUAACGUGCACUACCUCACGUGCUCAAGGGCUUGCCAGAGAGGGAACGGAAGGGGCAAGGAGAGAAGCAGGGAAACCACUUGGAGGACUCAAGCAGUAUUAAAGAUUCGAGCUGGGCAUGGUGGUGCACGCCUAUAAUCUCAGCACUCCAGAGACUGAAGCAGGAGGAUCCUUGCGAGUUUGAGGCCAUCCUGGGCUGCCUAGUGAGCUGAGGGCCAACCUGCACUGCAUAGUGAGACUCUGUUUCAAAAA